CAGUAAUGAUAUCUAGCACCCGGCAGAACAGGCGUUAGCGCGGACAGCCUCACGAAGGACCCCAAAACAACGACCCGGAAGUGGUGAAUGUUUUCAGCUAAGCGGCUAGCUACCUCUGUAAAUGAAGUAGUAGUGUUUAUUUAUUAUAAAGUAUAGAAAUCUUUCACUGGAAGAUGAACAGCCUUUCUCCAGAACUGGCCCUGAGCCGGAUCUCUCCAGAGCUGAGGCCUUUACUUUGCACUGUUGUACGCAAUGGCCGUGUUGGUUUAGAUUCCACUAACUGCCUGCGUAUCACUGACCUUAAAUCUGGUUGCACAUCUCUGACUCCAGGGCCCUGCUGUGACCGAUUUAAACUGCACAUCCCAUAUGCUGGAGAGACUCUCAAAUGGGACAUCAUCUUUAAUGCCAGAGACCCCGAGCUGCCUCCUGACUUUAUUUUUGGAGAGGAUGCCGAGUUCCUGCCAGAGCCUUCUGAGCUGCCGCACCUGGUGGCCUGGGAUGCCGGUGACACUGAGUGCCUGCUGCAGCUGGUGAAGGAACUCCUGCAGCAGUACCACCAGUACCAGUGCCAGAGGCUGAGAGACAGCUCACGCCUGCUCUUUGAAUACGACAGCCUGCUCGAGGACCCCAACUAUGGCCGCAGCAUGGAGAUCUACGCCGGACGCAAGAACAGCUGGACAGGCGAGUUUUCUGCUCGCUUUCUGCUCAAACUCCCGGUGGACUUCAGCAACAUACCCAUCUAUCUCCUCAAGGACACGGCUCUGGACCCGGGAGAAGAUGUCGCUCUGUUGUCUGUUAGUUUUGAAGACGCUGAGGCUACUCAGGUCUUCCCUAAACUCUUCUUAUCACCCAGCAUAGAGCACGCCCUUGGAGGACCCUCAGCCCUGCAUAUUCCAGCCUUUCCAAGUGGAGGCUGCCUCAUCGACUAUGUGCCUCAAGUGUGCCAGUUACUUACAAAUAAGGUGCAGUAUGUAAUCCAGGGCUAUCACAGGAGGAGAGAAUACAUUGCUGCAUUUCUUAGUCAUUUCGGAAUGGGGGUCGUUGAGUACGAUGCUGUUGGCUUCACCAAGCUCACACUUCUGCUCAUGUGGAAAGACUUCUGCUUCCUGGUGCACGUGGACCUGCCUCUGUAUUUCCCACGAGACCAGCCGACUCUGACCUUUCAGUCCAUCUACCACUUCAGCAGCAGCGGGCAGCUCUACUCGCAGGUGCAGAAGUCGUACCCAUACAGUCCACGCUGGGAUGGAAACGAGAUGGCCAAGAGAGCUAAGGCAUACUUCAAGAGCUUUAUCCCUCAGUUUCAGGAGGGAGCGUUUGCCAACGGAAAGCUGUAAAUGUAGAAAAACAGCGAGGUGGGAAUCACUGCCGGUCUGAAGAGACAUCAAAAUGAAUAUCUGAGCUGAAGAGAUGGCCUUGAAUUCAGAUAACACAGCAUACUGUCCUUCAUGUCUGCGAAUCUUUACCCAGAAACACACUCGAACAAGAUGCCACCAUGAACAGACUACGAAAAAUAUUUACUGUUCUACACUGUAAACACAUCCGUUUGGGUGAAGUCUUAUGAAAAUGUAAGUGUCAACAACGUACCAUGUGUCCCAAUUAUGUCUUGUUUUUAUAUGUGAGGGUUUUUUGUUGUUGUUGUUAUUGUUGCACUUUUUGUUUUUUCUCCCAUGCAUAUUGUCGACGUGAGAAAGCCAGAAUAAAUCCAUUUUCUUGAUUUCA